GAAACUGGAGCUCAAGAUAAGAAGCAAUGUUCUUCCUGUUUUGGUUGUUGUGAGCCCUGAGAAGCUGCCAGCUGGGUGACAAGCAAGGACUUUUCAUCUUGUGGGAACCAUUGCCAGGCUCUGCUUGCGAGCGCUUCUCAGACCGUUCCUCUUGGCAUCCCAGUUGCUAUGGGCAGCAGGUGCCUGUCCCUGCUCGCAGUUCUCAGCAUCCCACUGGCUUUGUCAGGAUCUGAGGCAAAGAAUUCUGGAGCUCUCUGUCCUUCGUGCCCUGAACAUGCUGACUGCUACAACAGCACCCACUGUGCUUGCAAAAGUGGAUUUCAGUCUGUACCUGCGGGGAGAUAUUUCAAGUCCCAUGGGAAAUGUGAAGAUAUUAAUGAGUGUCAGACUGGGCUGGCAAAGUGCAAGCAGAAAGCAUAUUGCAGAAAUGAAAUUGGAAGUUACUACUGCAGCUGUGUCCCGAAUUAUCCUGUCUUCAACUGGGUGGCUGGUAUCAUUAAACUGGAUCUUUCAGAUUGUUAUGAGGCUACUCCUGAGGAGUCACAGAUACCAGGGAACAUUUGGCAAAAUCUGAGGAACAAUGGAAGCAAAAAGUACAUUGCCAAAAAAGUGACCCAGCUACUUCAAAACAUGGAAUUGACCAUAUGGAAUGAGAGUUUUAUUUCUCCAGGAAAGGGUGAAAAUCCCGUACUUGACAUAGUCUAUGAAACCAAGAGGUGCAAUGGGACCAGUGAGAAGGCUAUUCUGGAGGCUGGAAAUAACACAAUGGAUAUCCACUGCACUGAUGUUUUCAAAGGAACCUCAAGAGGUAGGAAUGCAGUUGCGCUGAUCACUUAUCAAUCCCUUGGGGAUAUUCUCAAUGGAUCCUUUUUCAGUGACCGAAGAGGGCCAAAGGAAGUCAAAAUAAACUCUCAAGUGAUAAGCGGCUCCAUUGGGGUGAAGGAAAAUGUUAACCUAGCAAAACCCAUGUUCCUGACCUUCCAGCACACUCGGCCUGUUGAAGGGAGAAGAAAAUAUAUUUGUGUCUACUGGAAAGGAUCAGAGGAGGGGGGCAGCUGGUCAACCGCAGGCUGCUCUCACUUGGGCAGCAAUGAUUCUCACACAAGAUGCAAAUGCUACCACCUCUCCAGCUUUGCCGUCCUCAUGUCUCUUGCUCCCAAGGAGGAUCCUGUGCUGACCAUGAUCACCUACGUGGGGCUUAGCCUCUCUCUGCUGUGCCUGCUCCUGGCCGCCCUCACCUUCCUCCUGUGUCGAUCCAUCCAGAACACCAGCACCUCCCUCCACCUGCAGCUCUCCAUCUGCCUCUUCCUGGCCCACCUCCUCUUCCUUACAGGGAUUGAUCAAACCGAGCCUGAGGUGCUGUGCUCGGUCAUCGCAGGUAUGUUGCAUUAUCUCUACUUGGCCGCCUUCACCUGGAUGCUCCUUGAAGGUCUCCACCUCUUCCUCACUGUCAGGAACCUCAAGGUGGCCAACUACACCAGUGCAGGCAGAUUCAAGAAGAGGUUCAUGUACCCUUUUGGCUAUGGGAUCCCAGCGGUGAUUGUGGCCAUAUCUGCUAUAGCAGGACACAGAAAUUAUGGAACAUAUACUCACUGCUGGCUGAAGAUUGAUAAAGGGUUCAUCUGGAGCUUCAUGGGGCCAGUGGCACUCAUUGUCUUGAUAAACUUGGUGUUCUACUUCCAAAUUCUGUGGAUUUUGAGAACCAAACUUUCCUCUCUCAAUAAAGAAGUUUCCACCAUUAAGAAUACCAGAAUCAUGACCUUGAAAUCCAUCGCUCAGCUGUUUAUCCUGGGAUGUUCUUGGGGUCUUGGUUUUUUUAUGGUGGAAGAAGUUGGGAAGACAGUGGGAUCAAUCAUUGCCUACACGUUCACCAUCAUCAAUAUCCUGCAGGGGGUUUUACUUUUUGUGGUACACUGUCUCCUUAAUCUCCAGGUGCAAAUGGAAUUCAAGAAAUGGUUUCGUGGGUUGCGGAAAGGGGUUGAAACUGAAAGCACUGAGGUAUCACGCUCUACGAACCACACCAAAACGGAGAAACUGGAGACGUCAUCAGAAAUCUUUUGCAGAAGAAACCCUGCAUCAUCUGUCCAGCCACCGCCUGGGGCUCAGCUUGUUACUGUGUCUUGGGUGAGAGCAGAAAGCUGAGCUGCGCAUGGACGGCGUCCCCUUGUGGUCACACACGGAUCGGACACAUGCCACCUGCUACCUUUCCCGUGAAAAAUGAAUUCUGUCUCCACAGAAAGAAAGGGGAACAUGGGGGGAAUUCUUAGAUCCAGAGUCCAGUAUUGUAUGGGAUGUGCAAUUAAGUUCUCAAGAAUCCUUCAUAAUGAUGAGGGAAAUAAGUGGAUUUUCUUCUUCCAGCCUUUACCACCUUGCCCAAGACGAAUUGGCGGACCUCUGGAUUCAGCGUACUGAUUCUCCUUUGGUCUUUCUGUUGCAUUUUAUACUCCCAGACAUCUUGCAUUACUUGACAUCUGCAUAAUUCAAUAAGUCUCAUGUGAAUUAAUGUGAAAAAGGGGGGUGGCAUUAUUGUGAUGUGAAAAUACAUCACCAACCCCGCUUAAAGAUGAAUUGUCACUGGGAGGGAUUUUGUAAUCAGGUCACUAGCAACUUCCCAUUUUCAUGGCCUGAUGACUUUUUGAACCUCCUCUCUUCCCUGGUUAAAGAUAAUUUUGUUUUCUUAGUGUCAUCUCCAACAUGUCCUGUUAUAAAGCCUCCCAAACAAAAACAGCAUGGCCUGUCACAGAAGUGAUUGAUCUUAUUCGUUCUGUUCUACUGUUUGUAAUUUCUUUUCCAAGCACAUCUUAGGUGUGUUUUUCAGCGCUAGAAUGAAUAAAUGCAUGAAUAACUUUGUUACCAGA